CACGUCGAUAACUCAGUGCAGCGUCGAAUUAACAACUAAGAACAUAUUAAUUAAAAUAUUUCUUACUUUUUAAUUUUAUUGUGAAUGCUAUAGCCAGUGAUAUUAUGAACGGAAGAGACAAUCCAUCUGUGACGCAAGAUGACGGAUCUUAUUUGAGAAAUUUUUCAGAACGAAUAAUAAGCAAUCAACCACAAUCUAAUAGUAACAGGAACAGUCAUCCUCGUGCACAGCUAUCGGUAUCUACAGAAGCAUGGAACACCCGCAAUGUGUCUCCAUUAAGACCUAUGCAUGGUCUGGACUUUCUCUCAGGAGUCUCAACAUUACACAUACAGCAGACAGUUGAUGUAUCUCACUUAACAUCUAACAUAAAAUCGGAAAAUCUGUACACAAUUAAAAUACCAAAUGGCCUUACAAUAUAUCUCGCGAGUGAAACGUCGACAAAGACGCAAAGGCUUUUGUGUGGCGUCGGACGGGCCUUUACGAUGCAGAUUCAUGACAACACCAGACAGAGUGUAAUGCAAAUGGAGAGGAGGUUAGCAGCUGCCUCCUGCUGCUUCCCAUGUAGACUACAGGAGAUGCAAGUAAUAACACCGCCAGGUGACUACAUAGGUCGAGUUCAGCAGAAAUGGACCUGGGUGGUUCCUUUCUAUCUUGUGAGAAAUGUUAAUGACGAAGUCAUAUACGUCAUUGAAGGUCCUUCCAGCAUCGACAACCGGAAUAUGAUCCUUGGGCAAUUUAAGAUACUAUCGAGUGAUUCUUUGAGAGAAGUUGGCAAAAUAUCACACAGGUGGGAAGGAGAUGUGAAUAGUUUCGUAACGGCGAUAGAAUUUCCACACUGUGCUCCAGACCCGAAACAGAAGGCGCUUCUUCUUGCUGCUACAUUUUUAUUGGAGUACACGUAUUUUGAGAGGGCAAAAACAAGUUGUCUGCGGUUUAAUUGUUGUUGAAGUGCCAACUGCCAAGAUAUUUUACCAAUACUAUAUAUAUUAAGUUGCUACUAUAUUUCUACGUUCCACCUAUUUGCAUACUCUAAGUCCGUAAACUCGUCCGGUAUUCAAAAAGUUUUGACUGUAUCUUGCGUUUAGAUUUAAGUUUAAGAUGUUUAUUGUAAAUUUAAGUAUGCAACAGCAUCAGUUUGUAAAGACUUUGUUUAAUUUUAUAUUAAAAAUAAAAAAAAUAUGAAACCUACAUGUUCAGACUUAACGCCUGACCAAAUAUUACGCCAAAACACCAUCGCGGGAACAUUGCCGUCACCCACAUGAGGCGCUUGAAAACUCUUCAUACAAAUCUGUCUACUCAUGUCACUUGACCUACGAUCAUUGUACAAUUCACAUCCUUUUUUGAAUUAUAUUAAUUUAUUGAGAA